AUGGCGGAGAUGGACCUCCUCAACAUUCUGGACGAUUUAACAGACAAUGAAUUUGAGAACUUCAAGUGGUCCCUGAAGUAUGAAAAGGUGGGUGACAUCACACCCAUCAAAGAGAGCCAGCUGGAGAAGGCAGAGAGACGGAACGUGGUGGAUCUGAUGGUGCAGAAAUAUGAAUUUGCUGGAGCUGUGGAAGUCACAAAGAGUGUUUUAAAAAAGAUCAGCAGGAAUGAUCUGGUGACGAAGUUGCCAACCAUCGGCUCAGGAGCAGAAGCAGCUGGUAAUGAGCAAGUGGUGUCAUAUGAACAUAAGUUCUGUCUGACCAGGAGAUAUCAACAAGCGGCUGACGAAACUGAUGAAACAGGAAGUAAAAUCCUCUUUAACAGCAUCUACACUGAGCAAUACAUCAGAGAGGGAAAGCGUGAAGAGGUUAAUACCCAACAUGAGGUGAGGCAGCUUGAAACAGCUUUCAAGAUGAAGACCCUCGAAGACACUCUAAUCAAGUGUCACGAUAUCUUUAAAGUCUUACCUGGCCAAAAAAAACACAUCAUCAAAGUUGUUCUGACGAGUGGCGUCGCUGGUGUUGGAAAAACCUUCUCAGUGCAGAAGUUCACUCUGGACUGGGCAGAGGGCUUGGAAAACCAAGAUAUCAGUCUGCUGAUUCUGUUUCAGUUCAAGGAGCUGAACCUGAUCAAAGAUGAGCAGUACAGUCUGAUCAUGCUGAUCCAUGAAUUCCAUCCAACAUUACAGAAGCUCACAGCAGAGAUGCUCGCUGUCUGUAAAGUUCUGUUCAUCUUUGACGGCCUGGAUGAAAGCAGACUUUCACUGGAUUUCAAGAACAGGAAGGUUGUGACAGAUGUCACACAGAAGUCAUCAGUCAGCGUGCUGCUGAAAAACCUCAUCGAAGGUAAUCUGCUUCCCUUCGCUCUCAUCUGGAUAACUUCCCGGCUAGCAGCAGCCAAUCAGAUCCCUCUGACAUUUGUUGACAGAUUAACAGAAGUACGAGGCUUCACUGACGCCCAGAAGGAGGAGUACUUCAGGAAGAGAUUCAGUGAUGAAGAGCAGUCCAGCAGAACCAUCUCACACAUCAAGACAUCCAGGAGCCUCCACAUCAUGUGUCGAAUCCCAGUCUUCUGCUGGAUCACUGCUACAGUUCUGGAGGACAUGUUGACUUCAGACCAGAGAGGAGAGCUGCCCAAGACCCUGACUGACCUGUACUCACACUACCUACUGGUUCAGUUAAAGAGGAAGAAGAACAAGUAUGAUGAAGGACAUGAGACAAGUCCAGAGGAGCUGACGGAGGCUGACAGAGAAGUUCUUCUGAAGCUGGGGAGGCUGGCAUUUGAACAACUGCAGAAAGGAAACACCAUGUUCUACCAAAAACACCUGAACCAGUGUGGUCUUGAUGUCACAGAUGCCAUUUUCUCAGGAGUUUGUACAGAGAUCUUCAAAAGAGAGAAGAUGAUCUACAAGAAAACAGUCUACAGCUUUGUUCAUCCGAGUGUUCAGGAGUUUCUGGCUGCAGUCUACAUGUACCACUGUUACACCAGCAGGAACACAGAGGUACUGAAGGACUUCCUGGGAAAAGACUACAGUUACUCAUCCCUGGAUGUCUUCCUGAUGGGAGCCUUAGACAAAUCUCUGGACAGUAAAAAUGGCCACCUGGAUCUGUUUGUUCGCUUCCUUCAUGGCCUCUCUCUGGAGUCCAACCAGAGUCUCUUAGAAGGCCUGCUGGAUCAGGCAGAGAACAGUCCAGAAAUCAUCCAGAGAGUCAUCAACAACCUGAAGGAGAAGAGGACCUACGUGUCUCCUGACAGAAGUAUCAACAUCUUCCACUGUCUGACGGAGAUGAAUGACCACUCAGUACAUCAGGAGAUCCAAGAGUUCCUGAAGUCCGAGAACAAAUCAGAGGAGAAACUCUCUGAGAUCCACUGCUCAGCUCUGGCCUACAUGCUGCAGAUGUCUGAGGAGGUUCUGGAUGAGUUGGACCUGAAGAAGUACAACACAACAUAUGAGGGACGACUGAGACUGAUCCCAGCUGUUAGGAACUGCAGAAAGGCUGUGUAAGUCCAGAUAUAAUUAU